GCGUUUACUUUUCGGGGGUUUGGUAGCUAAAGAUCUGAUGUUGUGGUUGAACUGGGUUGGGAGGUCGGUUCUCGGGAUAUCGGAACCGGUUCGUCGAUGAAUUGGUGAUUGGUGGUUGAAAAGUGAGGCGAGAGUCAAGUAGCGACGAUGGUAGUGUUCUUUUCGAAAAGGUGGUGUGGGUUUUCUUGGUUCAGCGGAUGAGGCUGUUCGAUUUGUGUCGAUCAAUUGAUGUAGUAGCGUGGAUGGAGGAUUUGCGUUGAUGUUUUGCCCUUGGGUGGCUUUUUUUUUUUUUUUGAACGGCGGUUGUUGCGGGUGAGGUGAACUGGAUAUCGGCGGUGAAGCGUUGCGAUGGGGAAGAUAGGAAGAGGGAAGUGAGGAAGAUGGCGUUCAGAGCGGGCAGAGUGGUGAAUAAAAACCCAGCGGAAAGCCCAUAUCUUUCUGCAAGGAAAAAAAAUAAAGGGUGGAAACGUCUAGCGUGGGCGGAGAAAGCAACCCAAGGCACAAGGGGACCACUGUGCAGCACGCAGCAACCACCACCCAGCCGUGCUGUGCCAGCCCAGCACUUUCCUUUCCAAUGGGCCGCAAUGGCAGUCUCAAGGGGUGACAGCCACCAAAAAAAGCAACAAAAAAAAAGCGCCAAGCCCACCGGUCCAGUGGGAAACUUACUGUGUAAGGUACAUACGGAUACCCAGGGAAGGUGGGAAGGAACAGUCAUAAUCAGCCAUGGCAUCUCCACCUUUCCCCCUUCUAUCCUCGGAUCCCUUCAUCCACCAUCCAUGUCUUCUCCUCCCCAUCCAAUGCAGUCAAUGCCAUUGAUCCCGUCCACGUCAAUUCAGGCUUUGGAUUGCUUAGAUCUUACUCAAUCGCAAUCCUCAGGGACCCUUUACUUUCGUCACAGCACAUUGGUACUCCAUGAUCUGUUUGCUUGCUCGCCACGAUCAUCAUCGGCAUCAGCUGUCUCUUCCACAAGUUCCAGAGGGUUCCAGUUUGUACAUUGUUCCCGUUGGCAGGGGGCGUCCAUGGUCCACGGUCCAUAGGGGGGCUACUGGUCUAGGCUUACGAAACCGGCUGGAGCCCUUUGCAAUGCGCCAUCCGUCCAUGUUGCACUGUAUGAGGCGGUAUGGGAAGCAAAGCUCGUUGUUUCUUGGGCUGCAUUGCAUUGGCU